AUGUGCGUGAGGAAGUGCAGCCGGAUCGUGGGGCCCUGCCUGCUGGUGCUGGGAGCGCUCUCCGUGGCAGCCAACGUCCUCCUGCUCUUCCCCGGCGGGGCCCCGCAGUACCUGCUGGAAGGGCACAUCAGCAAGCACGCCAAGGCCGUGCCGGGCGUCUGGGGCGGCGGCAUCACCGUGCUGCUGGCAGCGACCCACAUCACGGCGGUGGGCUGGCAGUGCGCCAGCUGCUCCGACUGCGGCACUCGGCGCAACGCUUUCAUCUCAGCUGUGCUCUCCAAGCUGGCACUCCUGGGUGCUGCUGCCUGCUUCGUCCUUUCCGGGGUGGGUUUGACCAAUGGACCUCUCUGCUUCUACAAUGCCUCCACACAUGGCGGUGGGAAUGAUACCCUCUGGGGUUACCCCUUCCUGGAUGCUGUUGGCCAGGUGCCUGACCUCAGGACAGAGAACUACCUGCACAAUCGUCACACCUGGAACAUCUGCCUAGAGCCAGAGGGCAUUGUGAUCUGGAACACUGUUCUCUUCUCCCUCCUGCUGCUCAUCAGUGCUGCUGAGAUGGUGCUGGCCUCUCUUCAGAUCCUCAAUGGCUGCCUUGGGUGCCUCUGUGGCUUUUGUGAGAAGAAGUAGGGAGCUGUGAUGGUGCCAGGAGCCUGGCACCUGCAGGAGGUAUCCCUCAGUGUCCCUUCCUGGGUGGCAAAUGCUGCGGUGGAGG